GAAACGCACAAAGUUUACAGGCAGAAGCUGGAAGAAGUCACCACCUUGCAGACAGCCUGCAGCAGCUCCAUACACCGGCAGAAGAAGACACUGAGGGAUCUGAAGCACAGCCUGCAACGGUGCAAGCCCAGAGCAAGCCCUGAGGAGUUUGCUCUCAUUCAGGAGAUCAGCACCCAGAUCAAGGAGAGGCAAAACGCCUUCUUCGACAUGGAAGCCUAUUUGCCCAAGAAGAAUGGCCUGUACUUAAAUCUGGUGCUGGGAAACGUGAAUGUAACUCUCCUGAGUAACCAGGCGAAGUUCGCCUACAAGGACGAGUAUGAGAAGUUCAAACUUUAUCUGACAAUAAUCUUGUUGCUAGGGGCUGUCACCUGCAGGUUUAUUCUGCAUUACAGGUAA